GGAAGUGCCCGCCUCGCUGAGCUUGAGUAGGAUGGCUGCACGUCGGUUCCUUCUGCGUCGACUCCGAGCGCCCUUCCGCUCCGUGCCUCAGAACGCGCUCAUGGAUGCGCCACGCGCCAGGGGCAUGCACGACGGGGGCGGCCCCCGAAGGCUCUCCAUCGAAGGCAACAUCGCUGUGGGCAAAUCCACCUUUGUGAAGCUACUCACGACUACUCACCCAGAGUGGCAAGUGGCUACAGAACCUGUAGCAGCAUGGCAGAAUAUCCAAGCUGCUGGCACCCAAAAAGACAACACUUCCAAAGGUCAUGGAAACUUGCUAGAAAUGAUGUACCGAGAGCCAGCGAGAUGGUCCUAUACAUUCCAGACGGUUUCCUUUAUGAGCCGUCUGAAAGUGCAGCUGGAGCCCCUUCCAGGGAGACUCCUACAGGCAGAGAAGUCCGUGCAGAUCUUCGAGAGGUCUGUGUACAGUGACAGGUAUAUCUUUGCAAAGAAUCUUUUUGAAAAUGGUUCCCUCAGUGACGUCGAGUGGCACAUCUAUCAGGACUGGCAUUCUUUUCUCCUGCAGGAGUUUGCAAACCGUCUCUUGUUACAUGGCUUCAUCUAUCUCCAGGCUUCUCCCCAGGUUUGUUUGGAAAGACUGUACCAGAGGGCCAGAGAAGAAGAGAAAGGCAUUGAACUGGCCUAUCUUGAACAGCUGCAUGGUCAGCAUGAAGACUGGUUUAUUCACAAGACGACCAAGUGA